GUAGAUGAUCCGAAUCCGAUACAGCCGCGGUUAAGACAUCCUUCCGUGUUUUAUGAUAUCACACGCCAACGGAUCGGGCGGCCUACGCCCACGUCACAAGUUAACUCCUUAGUCCUUCUGUUUCCCCACCAAGUAAACCAUUCUUCUUCCCCUCUCCCUCUCUCUGUCUAUCCGCACGGAUCGAUCUCCCCUGCCGAUUCGGCAGGCGAAGUGCGACCGGCGAUGGCGAGGACGAACGCCGAAGACCCAGAGCUCCGGCGCGCCUGCGCGGCUGCCAUCGGCGCCGGGGGAAGCGCCGGGGACAUCGUGCUCGCGAUCCGCGUCGCCAAGGGCCGGGGCAUCUUGGAGAAGCUUGGCCGCAUGGCGUCCCCUCGAGUUCUCGUACUGACCACUAAACAGUUACCCAAAGGUGAAAAAACAAAAGCUUUCCUUCGAGUCCUGAAAUAUUCUUCCGGAGGAGUUCUUGAGCCAGCUAAACUUUACAAGCUGAAGCAUCUUGCAAAGGUGGAGGUUAUCUCAAAUGAUUCUACUGGAUGCACAUUUAUUCUGGGCUUUGAUAAUCUUAGGAGCCAGAGUGUUGCUCCUCCACAAUGGACUAUGCGUAACAUUGAUGAGAGGAAUCAACUUCUUCUUUGCAUUUUGAACAUGUGCAAGGAGAUAUCACAGCGUCUUCCUAAGCUUAUCGGGAUAGAUAUAGUGGAGCUUGCUCUCUGGGCUAAGGAAAAUACACCAUCAAUUACUAAGCAAGUGAACACACAAGAUGGACCAGCUACAUAUGUUAUGGAACAAAAUGACAUGAAGGUUACCGUUGAAAAAGACCUUGUUUCACAAGCUGAAGAGGAAGAUAUGGAAGCUCUUCUUGGCGCGUAUGUUAUGGGCAUUGGUGAAGCAGAGGCUUUUUCUGAGAGGAUGAAGCGGGAACUUCUUGCUCUCGAAGCAACAAAUGUCUAUGCUCUACUGGAAAGUGAACCACUGAUUCAGGAGGUAUUGCAGGGAUUAGAAGCAGCUACACUGUGUGUCGAUGAUAUUGAUGAAUGGUUGCGAAUUUUCAAUGUUAAGCUCAGGCAUAUGCGGGAGGAUAUUGCAUCGAUUGAAUUGCGGAAUAACAAACUGGAGAUGCAGUCUAUGUGUAGUGAAGCACUUAUUGAGGAGCUAGAUAAGCUCCUUGAACGUUUGCGUAUUCCUUCUGAGUUUGCUGCAUCUUUAACUGCGGGAUCAUUCGAGGAAGCACGCAUGCUCAAAAAUGUUGAAGCGUGUGAAUGGUUAACUGGCGCAAUUCAUGCUCUUGAAGUUCCAAACUUGGAACCAGCUUAUGUGGAUAUGCAAGCUGUUAAAGAUAAACAAACAGAGUUAGAAAAGUUGAAGAAUACAUUUGUUCGGCGGGCAACAGAAUUCCUGAGAAAUUAUUUCUCUAGUUUAGUGGAUUUUAUGAUAAGUGAUAGGAGUUAUUUUUCGCAGCGUGGACAUCUGAAAAGGCCUGAUCAUGCUGAUCUAAGAUACAAAUGUAGAACUUAUGCUCGACUUCUGCAGCACUUAAAGAAUCUUGACAAGAAUUGCCUAGUCCCUUUGAGGAAGGCAUACUGUCAGUCCCUUAAUUUGCUUCUUCGACGAGAGGCCCGUGAAUUUGCAAAUGAACUUCGUGCGAGUACAAAGGCAUCAAGGAAUCCUACUGGUUGGCUUGAAGCUUCCACAGGCUCCAAUCAGACAGCAAGUAGUUCAGAUACAUCCACUGUUUCUGAAGCAUACUCCAAGAUGCUUACAAUAUUUAUUCCUCUUCUCGUGGAUGAGAGUUCCUUUUUUGCACAUUUUAUGUGUUUCGAAGUUUCUGCGCUUGUUCCACCUAGUGCCCCAAAUGGAAAGAAAAGGGAAUCUGAUGGAAAUGGUGAAAGUGACGAUGAUUUGAGCAUGAUGGAUGCUGAUGGAAACGAUGUGAAACAAAGUAAUCACUCUGAGUUAGGGGCACUAAAUGACGCUCUCCAUGAUUUACUUGAUGGAAUCCAGGAAGACUUCUAUGCAGUAGUUGAUUGGGCUUACAGGAUUGAUCCUCUCCGUUGUAUAUCAAUGUAUGGGAUUACAGAGCGGUAUCUUUCUGCACAGAAAGCUGAUGCUGCUGGAUUUGUAAGAGAGCUUCUAAAAGACCUGCAGACUAAAAUAUCAACACAAUUUAGCAGGUUUGUUGAUGAAGCAUGCCAUCAAAUUGAGAGAAAUGAACGUAAUGUGAGGCAAAUAGGAGUUUUAUCCUAUAUUCCAAGGUUUGCUACCCUUGCGACGCGAAUGGAGCAGUAUAUUCAGGGGCAAUCAAGGGAUUUAGUUGACAAGGCAUACACAAGAUUGGUUAACACUAUGUUUGUAACCCUUGAGAAGAUUGCACAAAGUGACUCAAAGUACACUGAUAUCAUACUUUUGGAGAAUUAUGCAGCUUUCCAGAACAGUUUAUUUGAGUUGGCCAAUGUUGUUCCAACACUAGCAAAAUUCUAUCAUCAGGCUAGUGAAGCUUAUGAACAAGCUUGCACGCGUCAUAUCACCAUAAUCAUUGAGAAUCAAUUUGACAAGCUAUUUCUGUUUUUCCGAAGAAUUGAGGAUCUAAUGUACACAGUGCCUUCUGAGGAGAUUCCUUUCCAGCUUGGGCUAUCAAAAACAGAUCUUAGGAAGGUGUUAAAAUCCAGCUUAUCCCAGGUUGAUAGAUCCAUAAAUGUGAUGUAUAGGAGACUGCAGAAGACUUUAAGCUCUGAGGAGUUGUUGCCACCUUUAUGGGAUAAGUGCAAGAAAGACUUCUUGGAGAAAUAUGAAAGCUUUGUUCAGACAGUGGCCAAGAUUUACCCCAACGAGGGCAUGCCUCCAGUGUCAGAGUUGAGGGAUCUCCUUGCUUCCAGUUAGAUAUGAAUUUCUUCAUGUUGUAAUUUCUCCCCCGUGUGUAAAUCUCAUUUGCCGUUAUCCUCUCUGAGGCUAAUAACGCCUGUUGCUUUUGAACAAAAUGAGUUGAAGAAAAAAAAUAUUAAUUUUGAAAAGAAUUUUCUA